UCCGGAAUCCUCCAUAUUCAUUAACGUGUAGAUUUUGCCGCGCAAACGUAUUUACGCGAUCGUAAAUUAUGAUGAUUAUGUGAAUAUUUGUGGUAAAGUGACAAUACGUAUAAUUUAGAAUUAUUGAUAUUUUGCGACAACGAAAGUGUUGCGCGUGAUUUAUAUAGGAACAUCGAUAGUUUGAAUCAUUAUUUAUCCGCAACGCAACAAAUUUUCUUUGCAAGAUUGUUGAUUCUCGAUGAGUGACGAGACUGGCGAGACUGACGAGAAACAAUUUUUCAGUUAACGUAAUUCAACACGCAGGAAAAUCGUUACGUCGUUGAAAUUCAGCACAUCCUCGAUAUAAUUGGCGUCGUUGAAAGGUACAUGUCACUAUCAUAAAAUGGUAGGAUCUGAUCACAGUGAAACUGAGGAAGGAGACAUGGACAAAUUGCAACUGUCGUCAGAUUCUAUAGACGGUAUACUACCAAGGAAAAGGCUACGAGUAGAAAAUUCUGAAGAUGACGCAGAGUUACCUGCUAAAAAACGGCAAAUAAGUUCCUUCGACGAACAAUCAAUAAUGAUAAAAGAUGACAACGCUGAAAUUAUUUCAGACAAAAACAAUAUAGACGAAUGUAAUGUAAAGAAAGAAAAAUAUACAUUGUGUCCAGAAAAUGAGCAAACGGUACAAGCGACAUCCCUGAAUAAGUCUGAAUCGGAUACAGACAGGGAGAAUAAAGAGAAACGGGGUGACAACGUGAAACGAGAUAAUGGGAAUGAAAGCCCUUUAGAUGAGAAUAACAUUGCUCUGAACAAUAGUCCUGGAGAAAGAAAUGUUAAGAAGGAAAUUAUUGAAAAUGAGGACAGUCCAGCCCAAAAGCCUGCUACAAAUACACAUGUAAUGUCCAUUCUUGAAAGCAAGAAAGUAAGAAUGGAAGGCAAUAAGGUAGAUAAAGAAGAAAUCGACGAAACGAUAGAUGAAAAGGAAGACAGCGAGAAGGAUGAGAUGGGGAAACAACAUACCGGCAAAAGACGUACUGUGGACACAGAAGUGGUAGAUGGACUGGAGCUUUCGGUUGAAUAUGCGAGUGACAAAGAUGAUUCGAGUUCUGAGAGCGAAAACGAAAAAGAUGCAAAUCCACGGCCAAAGACGAUAAUCGUCAAAGCCGAACCAAAUGAAUCGGAACUAGACUGUUCGUCAGAUAGAGAAAAGUCUGAUUCGCAGCGAGUGCUCGCCGACACGUUGAAGAUUAAAUCAGAAAAGACCAGGGGGAAGAGAAGAGAUUCGCGAACAAGUUUCAGUAAGCUGAAGGUUUCUGACUCGGAGGAUAGCCAGAACAGCACGUCCGAUGAGGAUUACAGUCCGCGAACAAAAAAGAAGAUGAAAAAGUCAUCUCCGACCGCGAAGAAGUCAUCGAACAAACAUCGCUUGGUUGAGUCAAAAAAAGGACGAGGUAGAGGUAUGAGAGGAACGUCCCACAAGAAGAAUACCCAAUGUACAUCCGACGAAGAUGAAGACGUGACUGAAGCAGAGAGAGCAGAUGAAACGACAAAAGCUAAAAAUGGAAUAGAGGAAGAAUUAUCAGGAAAGGAAUCUUCGAAUAAAGAUGAAAGCGAUAAUUCCGAAAGAGAAGAGAGAUCUAUGAAAGGUAGAAGGGGGAGACGUAGUAAUGCUAAACCACAAGAUAGACACAUACAAGCGUUGAAGAAAUAUUUAAGUGUCGCUGGCGUGAGAGUAAAAUGUUACAAUGACAUUUGGGCUGAUUGUAAAAGUAACGCUGCAAAAAUUAAGCGCCUAAAGGAAUUGUUGGAAAAAAAUGGCGUUAGUGGCAGGCCAACGUUGGAAAAAUGUAAACGAGCGCGAGAAAUAAGGGAGGAAUCCGAACUGGACACGUCGAAUAUUAUAUCUGAAGGUAAAUAUUAUAAAGGAAGAGUUACGCGUGCACGAAGAAAUAUGGAAAACGUUAAGAAGACACCUCCGGACACGCCGCCGCGACAUCGAGAGGCUCGUAAUACGUUUAGGCGUAUUCAAUCUGUUGUUGAUAGCGAUUCGGAAUAAAGAACAUGGCAUGUUUGCAAGAUGA